UGGUGGCGCUGCCGACCGACCGCCUGAUUGUGCGCCUGCGAGCUGCCAGUUAGUGGGUGGCCGCUGCUCCAGUAUCUUUGGUGGAGACGUGUGGAGCCUGAGACCCCAGGCCCAGGCCAUGGCGCAGCAGUUCCAGGCGCUGAGGUGUUGCUUUUGCACCACCUUCCAGGUCCAGCAGGUUAAAAAGAGCAAGAAGUGGAACUGCAAACUAUGCGCAGAGAAACAGUCAAUGCUGAAGGUGUAUGGCCAGGGCUCGGGGGCUGAUUGCAGAAAACAUGUACAGAGACUAAACAUGCUGCAAGGACUGAAGAUGCAGGAGAUGGAAGCCACAACCUGGCCCACUGAGGAAGGAGCAGAUUCCAGCCAGGAUUGCCAACCUCAAACAGUUAGUGCGGAGAGUGGACAGAGCCACGCAGCUAGUCGUUGGAACGUUUAUCUGGACCAGAAGCUGGUAGAAGAAACAAAAGAAGGAGGAGGAGGAGGAGGAGAUGACGAGAUUGUGUACACUGACAGGCAACGGUUCCAGACAGACAUGAAGAAUGCUGGCAGAGGUCGAAGUAAACGUAAAAGAGGAUCGCACUUUGACUCUGAGAAACUGCGUCCAUAUGGAGAUCGUACUGAUAUCAAUGCAAAGGAGACUGCUGGAAUGAAAAAGAAGCACAUGAAUUCCUCAAUGAUUGAAGGCAGCAAAUGGAGCUCCGAUACUGGAGAGGAGAGGGAUAAUUUACACCGGUCCAACUCGGCAAUCCAGUUGGCUGACAAAGGCCAAAGUAAUGAAGAUUUGUUGACCAAACGGACAGAAGCCUCGAAGUGGGAUAAGUUCCUCCCUCUCAGCAACGCGGCUGUCAGCUGUGAGCAGCACUCUGCCACCGCUCGCCUCCCCCUUCCCCUGGCAGAUGAAGAUGAUGAGGCUGUUUCUGCUGCUCCUGCCAGUGUGCUGCGGACCGCUGAUCCUGAGCCAAGCCUGUCGCCCACAACACAAACAGCUGCGAAGAUAGAGACUCAGCCAGUGACAGCAGCCACUGUGGAACACGUGGAAGGAACCAGUGAGGUGAUGGAUUUAUCUAGACUUUGUGACUGUACAGGAGUGAGCAUCAACGCUGGUGGGGCAGGGAAGGACUGCCAGGCACAACUGGCAUCCACUGUAUCUGUUUAUCGUGCUGCCAGAGUUUCAAGCUCCCUCAGCUCAGGGACCUCCUUGUCCCCGCUGGUGUCUGCUCCCCAUCAACGAUCGGCCGCAGAGUCACCACAAUCAGCUCCUGGAUUAACCUCCAAGCAACCCUGUCCCUUUGUGUCACUGUUUCAGACAGAUGAGGACUUCGAUUUGUGAUUUUAUUUUCUUGGAGGAUUUUAAAGGGUUAGGGUGAGUACCCCAUUGGAUAGGUGAUAUUUUGGGUCGGGACCAGAAAUGUCAACUAUCCAUGUUCUCCAGAGACGCCCUGUGACCCACUGAGUUACUCCACACUUUUGUGUCCUUUUUUGUAUUAUCCAGCAUCUGCUGUUUUUUGUUUCUACUGUUGUACUGUGUGGCUAGGCAUGCAUUUCACAAACUUACUCUCAAUCCUCCAUGACACUGCAGUGUUGAGGUGAAUCUGAAAUGAUUUUACAAAAAAAAGGUAAAACUAUGGGUGGGACAGGAAGUUUCUAGAGCCGCUUCGUGUUGAAACAAUCCUGCAGGUUGUCAGAUUUUGGCAUGUUUCACUUUCUUUAAUGUUUUUCACUUUGCUUUGCAUCAUAUUCAAAAAGUAUAUAAAUCUGUUCAUAUUUCUGACCUCAUUAAAGUAUUAAACCAUCA